AUGACAACUGAGGUUGCAACUGGCUGCAUUUGCCGAAAAUACAGAGUUGUAAAUGGUAAGUUGGGCUGGUGCUACGAAGCACCAAUGGCCUGCAUGGAGAUCUUGCAACUCACCAAAGAAGGAGCUCCAUCAGAUGUGUGCCACCAUGUAGGCUGGGGCUUGCAGGCUACAUCAUGUCAGGGCCACCUUGACAAAGAUGGGGCAAAGAAUAGAUUGAUAGCUAUGACCACUGAAUGCUGUGAGCAGCAUUGUAAAGCUGCUAUACAAGUAGCCAAGGAAGAACCUGCUCAAGCCCCCCUUGCCCUCCUUGCUGUAUCAUCACUGUCCCCAGAAACUACAGCAGCUGGUCAGUUCACCUGUUCCCCCAACUUUUCAAAGGAAGACAAGGAGGCUGUCUCCAGAAAUGCCUGUUGCUGCGAAUCAGAGACAUCUUUCACCUACGUGGAUGAAAACACCAACCAUCUAAACCACACAGGGAGUCUUGCACAUCAGAGCUAUUGCCAAGACCAAGAGUUCCUUCCCCAUCCUGACCCUGACACAGAGAUGCCUCCAGAAUGGCCCUACGAUCCACCUUCCUUAGUUUCGGAGGAAGAGGAUGAUGCUGGCUCAGAAGCUGCUGGUGGAAAAUCUAUUGAUUACAGCUUUAUCAGUGCCAUCUUGUUCUUGGUCAUUGGGAUUUUGUUGGUGAUUAUUUCCUAUGUGGUCCCCAGAGAUGUAACUGUGGAUCCCAGCACAGUGGCAGCACGGGAGAUGGAGCGCCUAGAGAAGAAGAGUGCCCGGAUUGGGGCUCACCUAGAUCGGUGUGUAAUUGCUGGGCUCUGCCUCUUGACACUGGGGGGUGUGGUGCUGUCCAGUUUACUGAUGCUGUCAAUGUGGAAAGGAGAACUCUACCGGAGGAACAGAUUUGCAGCUUCCAAGGAAUCAGCCAAACUGUAUGGAUCUUUCAAUUUCCGAGUCAAAUCCUCUACAAGCGAUAAUAUGGAGUUAUCACUUGUGGAAGAGGAAGCUCUUACAGUAACUAGUUAGCC